AUGACGCAGCUAUUUGGGGUGUGGAUUGUUCAGGGGGUUGAGGCGGGAGAGGGCAUUUCUAUCAGCACUCAACUAAAGGAAUGUCAAGUUGUAAAUAGACAGGUUAUUUUACUAGUUGUUGUGUCACAAUUCAUUUAUUCACAGGCUUCCGGAAACGUUGAGGUGGCCUGGCUGCGCGUAGACACCCAGACCAUCCUGACGAUAGCCACCCACGUAAUCACCAAGAACCACCGCAUCGCAGUGACGCACAGCGACCACCGCACGUGGUACCUCACCAUCAGGGACGUGAGGGAGCAGGACCGCGGCUGGUACAUGUGCCAGAUCAACACCGACCCCAUGAAGAGCCAGGUCGGCUACUUGGAGGUAGUAGUGCCGCCGGACAUCCUGGACUACCCCACCAGCACGGACAUGGUGGUGCGCGAGGGCACCAACGUGACCUUGAGGUGCGCGGCCACGGGGUCCCCGCCGCCCACCAUCACCUGGCGGCGGGAGAGCGGCGAGACCAUCCCCAUGGGCGGCGGUCAGGAGAUGGCCAGUAUCGAAGGGCCGGUGUUCAACAUCACAAGAGUGAACAGGCUUCACAUGGGAGCGUACCUGUGCAUAGCGUCCAACGGCGUGCCUCCCACCGUCAGCAAGAGGAUCAUGCUGAUUGUUCACUUUCCACCUAUGAUAUGGAUACAAAAUCAGCUUGUGGGCGCGCAAGAAGGACAGGAGAUGACUUUAGAGUGCCACUCUGAAGCUUACCCAAAAUCGAUUAACUACUGGACAAGAGAGAAAGGAGAGAUCAUAGCCCAGGGAGGCAAGUACGAGCCCGUGCUGCUCGACAACGCCUACAAGGUGCACAUGAAGCUGACGAUCCGGUCCGUGGGGCCGGCGGACUUCGGCUCCUACAAGUGCGUCUCCAAAAACUCCCUGGGCGACACCGACGGCAGCAUCAAGCUCUACCAGAUCCCCACUCCGACUACGUUGCACAGGACCGCGCCGACGACAGAACCCAGUAUCUCUACAGAGUACGACAAGAAAAUAAAGUUUAGGCCACAAAAUGGACAAAGCGCUACCACAAAUCAAGAAAUCAACGAAAUAAUUGUACACUCUGAUGCUGAAAAGAUGACAAAAGAAAGAGACGUGAAGCACCGAGGCCGCCCGAGGGAAGAGAACAGUUUGGGCCCUCCGCCCGUGGAGGACUCUGCUUCGGGCGCCGCGGCCCUGACCUGCCCCACGGUGCUCCUGGCGGGGGCCGCACUGGUGUACCUGCGCAGGACCCGGGUCCCGCCGUAGAGCCGCCCUCGACCCCUGCGCCCCAGCUCUCGGUGAACACUCACUGACAGACCGACUUCGUGUGCGAGGCCACGCUUUGGUAUAAAAAAUGAAAAAAAAAAAAGCUUUUGUCGAAAGAAGACAAUAAAACAAAUAUUCAUUGGACGAGUUUGUUAACUUGCACCUCAAGAGCAGAGAAGAAUAUUCCGCCAAGUAUGCAUGAUUAACUGUGAAGUGUUGUGACAACGCUAGCAUCCACGUAAAUGUCAAUAUAAUGAUAAAAAAUAAACUUUUGGGAAGUACAAAAUGUAUACAUGUGGUGUACAGUUAAAUGUAGUAAAGGUUUACCCAAGGGACCCAAAUUAUGCAAAUAAGAAUGUGGUUUAUUUUUCAUUCCAUUGUAUAAAUGGGCUGUGUCGUAUACAUUUACUGAAUAGAGAUUAAAGUAUGA